AUGCCUUUUGAAUCAGAGCGUGCGGUCAAGUUUCUGGAACAAGCCCGCAAGAUCCUCGAGUUUCAGUCCACCAUCGAUAUUCUCAAGGAUCCCCCGUCGGGGUAUACUAUGCCCCCGACUGACAUCUUGGGAGGAAUAGACACGAUCUUGGACAAGGCCAAGAGCAAUGGCUACUCGAGCCAAUUCGAGAUGGACUUGGAAGUAAGCCAUCUCAUCAAAUCUGCUCACGAUGGUCAUCUUUCGUUUCAAUUAUGCUCCCAGUCGAUUUUCACAUACCACAUCGACAUGCCCUUGGUUUCAGUGUCGACAGAUGGACUCGCGUUGCCACUUGUUUACUCUCUGGAUGAUGCAAAGAUUCAAAAGAAUAACCCAGAGGCAGUGUCACCACUCAAGACCAUCAACGGCACUGACGUGGCGACCUACCUCGAGUCGUAUGCCAGCGAUCAAAACCUCCAGGAUCGAGAUGCACAAUAUAACCGAGUGUUUCCCGCUCCCGCUCGCAGCGUCACCAACGCUCCCACGAGUGUGAACGGAAUCUGGGCCUCCAUCGGGGACUGGACCGAUGGCGCUGAGCUAUCUCUAGAAUUCGCCAACGGCACCAAAACCACAACCCAGAAAACGGCGACACCAAGCGAGAGGUUCUUUUCGUACAAGAAUGGAUCCCAUCUUUACAGCAUAGAGUGCCUUCCAAGGGAUUUGUCCACCCCUCUGAGCGGCUCGUCCGGUGCCGAGCAGGCAUCCUCGGAGAUCGAAGGACUUCCCACUACCAAAUGGCGCAAUUCAGCUAACUCAAUCGCUGGUUAUUAUUCCGAUCUCACUGAUCUGCACGAUACAGCAAUCAUGUUCCUACCGACAUUUUCAUCCAGUGCAUCAGAAGUAGCCACUGUUGCCGUCGACUUCUUACAGAAUGCCACUGCAGCCGGCAAGAAAAACGUCUUGAUCGACCUCUCCGCCAACCCAGGUGGCUAUAUGUCGAUAGGAAUCGAUAUGUCAAGGAUCUUCUUCCCGAACAUUGCCCCGUACACGGCAACCCGCUACCGAGCCCACGAUGCAGCCAAGUAUCUUACCAAGGCGUAUUCGCGAGACAAUCAAACAGACUCGAGCAACGUCUUUGCUUACAAGCAGAUGGUUCAUCCAGAUCAGAAAACUGAUUUCGGCUCUUGGGAGGAACUAUAUGGCCCGCACCAGAUUUUGGACAGCUCGGCUUCUAGCCUCCUGGCCAAUUUCAACUAUACUUCGACCUCCUCGAAAGUCUUUCCCAUAAAUGGUUAUGGGCCAGUCCCCUUGAAACCAAGAAAAUCGCUCUUUCCGGCGGAAAACAUCGCUAUUAUAACCGACGGCGACUGCGUCUCAACCUGCGCAUUCUUCGUCAAAUUGAUGAAGCGACAGGGCGUGCGCACAAUCACAUUCGGUGGACGUCCACAGAAGUCCCCCAUGCAAGGCGUGGGCGGCGUCAAGGGUGGCCAGUCACUCGGAAUCAACUAUAUCAACGGAUACAUCGAGCAGGCAAAUGGACUGGUUUCUAAAGCAGCCAGCAGCAAAUCGCCACUGCUAACUACUGCCGAGUGGAAGGCAUUCAAUGAGUCCAGUCCAAGUACUACAGCGUCGCUCGAGUGGAGUGGGAACUUGAACCUGCGGAAUGAGUACGAUCCCGAGGAUGACAAGACGCCAUUGCAGUUUGUUUAUGAGGCUGCUGAGUGUCGGUUGUUUUAUACUGUGGAUAAUUAUCUGGAGCGGGAGACUGUUUGGCAAGCUGCGGCGAAGGCAAUGUUUGGGGGUGGACAGUGUGUUGAGGGUUCUACGAAGGGGAAAGGCAGUUUGGAUGCUUGA